AGACACGUCAUACCUCUUCAGCUGCCAAAACCAGAAGAUGGAAAAUAUUGACAGUUUCUUAUGUAAUAUAUUAAAAAUUCAAAUUGGGAACCGGUCAGUUUCCACGUUUGCAAGAUGAGUGCAGGACCGUUGGUAAUUGAAGUGAUUUGUACUUGCUGCUUGGCAGCUUUCUUGUUACAUCGUUAUGGUGAUCUAAGAAAGCAGAAUAUUUUAACAACUUUAACAACCUUUAUCGCUUGGUACUUUUCAUUUCUCAUCAUAUUUGUACUGCCACUGGAUGUCUCUUCUACAUUUUAUCGACAAUGCUUUAAAGACAAAGCCACAAAAAUUCUGACAACAACACCCAAAUCCUCUAAUAUAACAACAACGGCAGAUCGAAACACAUCAACAACUCCUGCAUCUUCAACACCUGCAUUACAGAUCUUCAGUCAAGUUCAUGAUUCUCCAUGUGAAAUUCCACUCAGCCACGUUCCAGAAAAUGUUUUACCCACACUUUGGCAAGUGGUUUAUUGGACAUCACAACUGUUAACAUGGAUAAUUUUACCACUUAUGCAGUCCUAUUCCACAGCUGGUGAUUUCACUGUGGCUGGCAAGAUUAAGACUGCCCUGAUAGAAAAUGCCAUAUAUUAUGGUUCUUAUUUACUCAUAUUUGGAGUGUGCUUGAUUUAUGUUGUUGCCAAAGCAGACCUCCAAGUUGAUGCAGAAAGAUUAAAGGUGAUAGGAAUAACAGCCAGCAAUACAUGGGGUCUCUUUUUGUUGAUUCUGUUGCUUGGUUAUGGUUUGGUGGAGGUACCUAGGUCUGUGUACAACAGCUGCAAAAAGGGAUUUGUCCUGUCUAAAACAUAUUUCAAGAUCUCCAAACUAAGCACUGAUAAAACAGAAGCAGAUGAAGCUUUGGAAGAUGUCUUGGAUGAGAUCAAAAAGGUUUCGGAGAAGAUUAAAUAUAACCACCCUUUGAGAAAGCAUGUUGAUACAAUUUUACUUAAGUGUCCUGAGACAAUGCGUCACUCUGUUAAGCAGAAUAAUGACGACUACGAAGAUUACAAUAGGAGCAGUGUAGACAUUCCUAAUGAAAAAACGCUUGUGAGACUCCACAAGCGAGUCAUUCGGGACUCCCAAAACCACCAUCGUACACAUGCACAGUGGAACUCCCUGAUGCAGAAAGCCAUUGAUUUGGAAGAUGUGGAAAAGAAUGAACAGAGUGCAACUCGUAAAUUCCAGAGAUCACAACAUUCCACCUCUGCACUGCCAGCUUUUGUACGCAUUGUGUACACACCUUUAGUGGAGUGGUACUGGCGGUGUAAGGUUUAUUUCUGGUUGAUGAGGGUGUGUGGUAUCCUGCUUGCCAUUGUGACUUUUAUGGUGGUUUGGUCAGAAUGUCUCUUUUUUGUGAAGGACCCUGUCCUUUCACUGUUUGCCAUCUUCAUCAAUGCUGCAAAACAUAACUAUGAUUAUGUUUUUAUAGAGUUGUCAUCCAUUUUGAUUAUUGCCUACCUCUGCUUCUGUGCUUACUACAGCGUGUUCCAGAUCCGAAUACUCAACUUGUACUACAUAGCACCACACCAUCAGACUGAUGAAUUCAGUCUUAUGUUCACUGGCAUGAUGCUAUGUAGAUUGACCCCGCCUAUGUGUUUGAAUUUCCUGGGCUUGAUUCAUCUUGACAGCCACAUCACAAAGGAGGAUAACCUUGAGGAAACAUCAUACACACAGAUCAUGGGCCACAUGGACGUAAUAUCAUUUAUCUCGGAUGGCUUUAACAUUUACUUUCCUAUGAUAUUGGUCCUGCUGUGUAUCUGUACAUUCUUCAGCCUGGGGAGUCGUAUCCUCCAUUUUCUGGGGGUCCAGCAGUUUAUUGGGGAUGAUGACAUGACCCAGGAGCUGGUGGAUGAGGGGAGACAGAUUGUUCAGAGAGAAAAGAGGAGUCGUGAUAGAAAACAUGAUAGUGCAGAAAGAAGGCGUGAGUGGACAGAAAGAUUUGGAACAACUUCCCAGUCCUCUGACCGAAUUAUUGGAUCCAGAGCUGAUAGAGAAAGGGAGAGGGAAACAUUGGCAAGAAGCCCGGAUGACAAUGACAAAACCGAGCUGCUGAAGGAGGCAGAACCAAUAGACUACACAGGUGAACUGCCAAGCACAACUGACCCUUUUAGUGAUUUUUCGCAAGGAUAUCAGCGGACUUCAUCACUCAGAUCCAGCAGAUUUAGUUCAAAGACUUCUAGUGCACCUCCAAGGGGAAUAUUUGAUGAUGUAUGACAUAUAUCAAGAUAGGGAAAUAAUUUGAUAUACAUUUUGCAUGUAUUUAUUGUUUAAAGUAUUAAAGUAAGAAAUAGAAAGUAUUUAUUGUACAGUGUUUGGAAGCAAUUCUCUGUAAGUAGAAUUAGAUGUAUAAACACUAUCUUAACAAGACUGUCAGCUGUCAAAGAAUGGAAACCAAGAAGAAUGAUCUGAAUCUCAUAAUAAGAAGCUUUAAAACAUCUUUAUUUGUUGAGGUUGAAGAUUUCUGAAAGAUAUCAACAAAAAUUUUACCUUUAGAAAAGAUGGUACAUGUACAUGCAUUUUUGCACUGAGCACUGUGAUUCUUUUAUUAAUUUGUUUGAAACCCUUUUCUAGUCAAUGUGUGAGUAAUAUCGGUAGAAAUGUGAAUUUUUGGCACAAUGUUGCAAGCAAAAUGCUGAUAUCAUACAGCUGUCAAAGUUAUAUAAAUCUGGUCUGGGUUGUGAGUGAGGGCAUUAUUUUGGUAAAAAUUUUGCUCAGGAAGGAAAAAAUGAAACAAGAUGUAUUUAAGGUCAGAGAAGUGACUCCAGCUGUUUUUAACAGUUGUGUAUUUGAAUGUAGAAUUUUUGAAUAUGCAUACAUGAAUAAAUCAGGGAAAAUAAUGGGAAGCAAUGCAAUUUGUUGUGUUGGGAUUGUUUGUUAUGGUUUUUGUGACAUUCCUUGUGUUAUACAUGUAAUUAUAGCAAUAGUUGAAGAAAGGAAGCCAUACAUGUUGUAAGAUGUGGUAAUUUACUUAUGUUUUAUCAUAUACAUGUACUUAUUCUGCACAAUUUGACCGUUAUAUACAUUAUAUAUAUUACUGUUUUCCAUACUCUACCAACAGAGGUCCUUGCUCUGAUAUUUCAAAUUCAGAAAGCUUUCUAUAUAAAAUUUAUAACCUCAAAGUUCAAAGAAAAAAUUAGACCACAGAAAUCAGAAAAUACUUGAAUUCAAAAAUCUCUUUGGGCAAUUGUAAAUAUUGAAAAUGCAUUUUUGCUGGAUGAGUAAUAUCCCUUAAGAAUUUUCAGUUCUCUCUCUCUCCUACAAAUCAACCUAACUUGGUAAGUUUUAAGUAUGCAUUAGCUAACAUUUGGAAGAAUAGAGGCAUUGGUGUAUAUUAAUGACUUAUUUUAAAAAUUAUAUAUCUACUAAAUGGUUGUGUUCCUAUUUUUGAUAAUGUACAAUGUAUUACUGAUUUAUCACUUGUUUUAAUUCAUAAUUGAUGUAUCAGACUGUAAAACACAUUUGUUAUUAGUAGUAGUAGUAACAUUGCAUGGAAAGAUACUUAAUCAGUAGAGAUUUUUAUCAGUGAUUCAUGUCUGUAAAUUUUAUUUAUUUUACAUUUAAGAUAAACAGAAAAUAUAUCAGUAUAUGUAUGUAGAAAUAGUUAUCAGGCUAUAUGAUUAACUUACAAAAUGACAUUAACUGGAACAUUUUCACAAAAUACUGAUACAACUGAACUUCUUAAUCUUGGACACCAGGGAUAUGUUGAAGUGAUUUGGCAGUUCCAACCACUGUUUCUUUCUUUUUUAACCUCGUUAUCUGGAAUCCUCAGAUAUCUCUUAGAUUAAUUUAGUCCCGUUGAGUUCAAGAUAAUGAGGUUUGACUGUUUAACAUCACUGAAAUCAUGAUAUUUUUAUCUAUUUACAGUGUGUGUAAUUUCAGUCCAUCUGUUAAUCUAGGAUUAAUCAAUUUUCAGCAGAGCUGAAGCUUUUAGAUUUAGAUUUAGAUUUAGAAAAUCUUGAAUUAAGGGGAAGCAAUUUUGGGAGAAGUUUUAUUUGCUGCUAUUCUUUAUAAAUAAAUACAUGUUCAUUCAUGAGAAAUGACAUCAUGUUGUAAUUAUCUUCUUGAAAUCCAGUUAAAAAUACUUUUGCUAGUUUAUUAUGAAUUGAUGUAUAAUGUUCAUUAUUUUUUUGUAAUGUUGAUCCUUAAAACAUUCCCCCAAGCAAACAUUUUUUUCACCACAAUUAGACUCUUGCUUUGCUGCAUCCACUAAAAGUUGGGCUGAAAUGUACUAUUUAGAAUUAAAUAUUUACACAUCAAUUUUGAUCCAUGCUUUAUUUGCAAAUCUGCAUAAUAAAUGGUACAUGUAUCUUUA